AUGUCAGGCGUGCUAGACCCCAAGGACCGGGGCAAUGAGUCGGACACUGGUGUGUCGACUUCUCAGGAGGAGGGAGUUGGUGUCGGUAUCACAGAUGCCGGCAAGGUCGAGAUCGUCAACGACAAGCCGGUAUUCAAACCCACGAGAGAGUUCUUCCUAGCCUUCAUUGCUCUCUGCACAGUUGCUCUCGCCAUUGCCUUCGAUGCCACUUCGCUCUCCGUCGCGCUACCCACCAUUAGCUCUGCGAUUGGUGGCACAGCACUCCAAGCCUUCUGGUCGGGUACCAGUUUCCUUCUCGCAAGUACAGUGCUACAGCCCACAGUGGCAUCUCUGAGUAACAUUUUCGGUCGCAAAUACUUGAUCUAUGUCACCUCUGCGCUUUUUGCUGCUGGCUCGCUCGUUGCGGCUCUCGCUAACAACUUUACGGUAAUCUUGGUGGGCCGAACUAUCCAGGGUGUUGGCGGCGGUGGUCUGCUUGCGCUCACAGAAGUUGUUGUCACCGAUCUUGUUCCACUCGCAUUCCGAGGCCAAUGGUUCAGUUUGUUGAGCGCCAUGUGGUCUAUUGGGACUGUGACCGGGCCCCUGAUCGGAGCUGGUUUUGCGGAGAAUAUCUCGUGGAGAUGGAUCUUCUACAUCAACUUGCCUGUCAUCGGUCUUGGCAUCAUCUUUGUCAUUCUAUUCCUCCACCAGGCCAAGAUCCCUGGCCAUAUUCUCGAGAAGCUCGGCCGCUUUGACUGGUUUGGGUCGUUCCUCUUCACUGCCAGCUCGACUGCGUUCUUAUUCGGACUAACAACGGGUGGUGUCAUGUACGAAUGGGACUCUUGGAGAGUGCUCCUCCCUUUGCUGAUUGGUGUUGCUGGCAUUGUGGUCUUUGGAUGGUACGAAGUCAGGAUCGCAACUGAGCCCAUCAUCUCCAGGGGUAUCUUCACGAACUGGGACAUGAUCAUCACGUACGUGAUGACAGUCUUCCACGGCAUGAUUCUCUGGUCGUUGCUGUACUUCCUCACCCUGUACUACCAAGGCGUCAAGUUCUAUUCGCCAAUCACUUCAUCUGUCGCUGUUCUCCCCGAGACGCUCACCGUCGCACCAGCUGGUAUGGCUGUUGGCAUCAUCGCCGGGAUCACAGGCCACUAUCGGUGGUCGCUCUGGAUCGGUUGGGUGCUUACAACUCUUGGAGGCGGCCUUCUCCUGCUGCUCAAGCCUGACACCAGCGUCGCUGCAUGGAUCUGGCUCAACGUUCCGAUUGGUAUGGGUACAGGCAUGCUUUUCCCUGCCAUGGCUUUGUCGAUCCAGGCUGCCUGCGAGCCAGCCCUGAACGGACAAGCCGCGGCAUUCUACAGCUUCCUGCGAACGUUCGGACAAUCGGUCGGCGUGGCCAUCUCGGGCGUCAUCUUCCAGAACGUGUUCAAGCGCAAGCUGCAGGACCUCCCCGCCUUCGCCGGGCUGGCGGACCAAUACAGCCAGGAGGCAACGCUCGUCGUCGAGAUCAUCAAGCAGAUGCCCAAGGGUGCCGAUAAGGACGACCUGGUGACAGCAUACAACGAGAGCCUGCGGACCAUCUGGAUCAGCCUGCUCGCCUUUGCCGCCUUCGGGCUGCUGCUGAGCGUGCUCAUCAAGGGGUACAGUCUCAACCAGGAGCACGUCACGAACCAGGGGCUGGUGCAGCAGGAUCGCAGCAAGAACCCGACGGCUGAGGCUGCGGCUGAGGCCGAGAAGAACAAGGAUAAGGACGUCGAGGCCGGUACUGCCUAA